GGGACUGUGAAGACAAAAGAGGAAACCACCCUGUCCCUCACCAAAACCUGUACCCAGACAGACAUGUCACUUUACAAGUCACUUCACAGUCAUGAUGCAAGGUAGCUCAUCACUCUCCAGGGAGAAUAUUCACUAAACACUGGAUUUUUGUUAAUAUUGCUACCAACUUCAGAAAUGAUCCGCAUCAACAACACCCAAUACUUCCACUUCCUGCAGCAGGCCGAUGCUUUGCGUCGCUCAGGGUUGUUCUGUGAUGCCAUCAUCUCGGUAAAGAGUCAAAUUUUCAGGGCUCAUCGGCUCGUACUGGCCUGUGCAAGCAGAACACUAGCACAGCAGCUAGCCCAGGGAGACGUAGACAGCCCAGUCCACUGCACUCUUGAAUAUUUCUUACCCCGCACCUUCCAGCAAGUCCUGGACUUCACCUACACUCAGACUCUUGAGGUGUCUGUGGAUGACCUGCACCUGCUGCUGAGAGCUGCUCAGCUAUUGGAGAUGCAGCCACUGGAGGACCAGUGCCGGAAGCAGCUGGACACCCUCGACUACAGAGAAGCAGACAAAAGAAGAGAAAUUACAGAUGUGAAAGAAGAAAAAGAAAGAACAGAGGAGACAGAUCAAAAGAAAAAGGGAAAUCUAGUGCAAGAGGAGAAACUCCAAGAGACUUCUCCCCCAGGGAAUGAAGCAAGCGACAGCAUUGUCACAAAAAACCUUUCCCCCCCUGAUCCUGCUAAGAGCCGCAACAGUCCACCAUCCCCUAGAAAGAGGCCCAGACUGUCAGCAAUGCCCUACAACAGAGACAGUGUCAUUACCAGGCCUGUCACGAGCACGUCCUCUUUCUCCUCUCCUUGGACUUUCCCUACAAAUAUGUGGAACUCUGUAACCACCUUGAAGCGGAAAGCAGAAAACUAUUCAAACUUAAUAGCAGCUCACCGACUCCAGUCCCCAAACCAGUCCUCUGUAGCAUACCCAAUCUCCCUCUCCACUCCCCACAUGUUCCCCCUCCUGGUCUCUCAUUUUCAAGCCCCGGCUCACAGCUCUGUAAUGGGCUACUCAAGCUUUCAUUCACGUUAUACACCAAACCUUUACGCUGGGUCUACAGGGAUGGGGAGCAUAAUCAAGCAAGGCCUGUUGAAAAGAAAAAAACCCAGCCAGAGAGCUUUUACUGGGACCAUCCAAACCAGUGAGCUGAGUUUCCCUGAAGUGCCCAAAGCCAGUGCAGAAAGAGUUAAAGACUGCCAGCAUUGCAGUCUCGUUGGUGAUCCAGUUCUGCGGGAGUCAGCCUCCACACCUUCAGAGGUGGCCUGUUCGGGGUGUAGGUUCUGUGGAAGAGGAAAUGCAGCACAGCAUGAACCACAAUCCCAUCGACAAGACCACAGAGGAGAAAAACCCUACCAGUGCCAACACUGUCCCAAGAAGUUUAGUCUGAAACAUCAACUGGACACACACCACCGAGUUCACACCGGGGAGAAACCCUUCGAAUGUCGUCUCUGUGGUCAGCGCUCACGGGACUACUCAGCCAUGAUCAAGCACCUGCGGACUCAUGGCGGGGCCGCUCCCUACCAGUGCACAGUGUGCCUGGAGUUCUGCAGCAGCCUGGUUGCCAUGCAGAGACACAUCAAAAGCCACGCAGUGCAGGACUUCCCUCCUAACUGGAGCAUCAACAGCACCUACCUGUACACCUCACACAUCUGAGCCAUGCCUUACAACACUCUGACCUCCAUCUAUACAAAGUUCUCAUUGAUGUUGCUUCAGUAUGUGCCUUUCAUUUGAGUCACAAACCAUCUGUUUUCCUGAAAGAAAAAUCCAUAAUGAUGUCUGAAAGACCCAGAAGGUCCUUUAAUAUCAUUUAUCAUUGUUUUGAAGGUAUGAUAAUACAUGAGAUGCAAAAAGUUCACAGCGGUAACAUCUAUACAAACUGAAACUGCUUUGCAUUCACAUUCAAACAACAGUACAGAGAAAUGCUGCACUUAUUUCCAAUGACAGGUCAGAAAAGGUUUUGAAAGUGCUUACCAUUUCAUAUUAUGUCUUGUACGUGCAUUAAAGCCACAUCAACAGCUCAAUGAGUGACGCAGGAAUCUUCCCUUGUGCCACUGGUGUAAACUUUGUAAGUUUGACCUAGGUUUAUAGCGCCCUCAUGAGGGCAAUCACUGUAACAACCAGUUUUUACUGUACUUUUGCUCUCAAAUGCAUCACUAUGUCAAAAUUGGACCAGUGCAUGAGAUAUUAUAUUUGCUGAAACAUAGUCUACAUUCAUUGAUCCAGAUUUAAACAGAAUGAAAAAAAAAAAAAAUCCAUAUUUGCCAUGAUGCGUAACCGCUUUGAUUAAAAUUCAAAUGAUAUCAUCCUUUGAAAUAUUCAUUUGACUUUGUUCAGCGCUUGUGUAAUUUUACUCUCACAGAACAGACCAGAAACAGAAAGAGACGAUUGGAGGAGAAAGGGGUUUUCCUAGAGUCAGGCAACACCCAGUGCUUGGCAGAACAGACAAGCAACAAAACUCAGCCAAAUUCCACAUAUGCUAACAUUCAAAAGUUUAUAUGUAAUAAAAUGUCCUGGUAAGCUAACGCCAAGACUGGAGGGUUCAUUCAUCUGCCCUGGUUCAUUGGAUGAGUUGAGAGGAGUUCUUUCUAGCUAGUCUAGCAUUUUCUUAUUUUUUAUUCUUCCUUUAGUGGAUUUUCUGUACUGUCAGCCACUGAUGUCAGGCUGCCAACUCACUGGUUGCGGUUCAGAGACGUGGAUCCUAAAAUUGGUCUCAAAAGUGGUAUUUAGCAACUGCCACACCUCUCUAAAAGCAACACACAAAUUAUAUGACUCUCAAGUUAUCCCAGAGGUUCUCAUAUGUAUGUAUACAGUAUAUAACCAUGCACAUUGCUCACAAGAGAGAGCUUUAUGUAGAGAUCUUGGGCCUGGGUCCACUGAAAGCUAUUUGUUGAUUUGUACAGCAUUACCUUAAUGUAUAUGAGAGAGAAAAUUAAUAAAUAAUUGUUUAACACAUAUUUCAUGGGCUCAUCUUUAAUUCAUGGGCUUUAAUGGAUCAUUAUGCCAUGUUUUAGAGAUUACUAAUUCACCAAAUAAACAAGCUAAAACACAAUAUCUUAGCAACUUUUUACACAUAAUAAAGGGCAUAUACAUGUAAGUAUUACAGGAAGAGCAAGGGGAACAGCUGAGGACAACUCUCAUUCAGAAAAUUCAAAAUUAUGAUGGUAAAGAUGGUAAAUAAACGUAUUUUACAUAGUGUUGAACAUUUUCUACUUCUACAUGACACCAUUAAUGAUCAUUAAAUAUCAACUCUGCCAAGCAAAGAGAAAACUUUAGUGUACUUGUGUAUGAUCAUGUUAAACAUUUGUUUAUCAGUGAAUUGACUUCAUAUAUAUUGUGUACAGUAAUGCAUUACUACUUGACUCAAAGAUGUCUGAAUGUGGUUAACAUAAGAAUGCAUUAUGUGCAUGUGGUGUUUGUUUAUUUCUGUGAAUUGAGACUGUUUUUGUGUGUAUUUCAGAAUAUACGUUAACGCUCUUGACAAAAAAGAAAUUCAAAUUUAAAUAAUACAUUAUACAUCAUCAAAAGACAGAACCAUAUACCUUACUUGUGACAGUGUGGACAGUGUUUUAAGUUAGCAAUCACAUAAACUGACUUAUACCAAAAAGUUUUCAUUAUUGGCCCAGCAACAUAUGUACAUAACAUUGUAAUCAGUAUGUGUGUGUGUGUGUACUUAUACAACUGGUGUUGUGGGGACAUAAAUUUAUACAGUCACAUUGUGAGGACUUUCACCCCUUUUGGGUACAAAAAGCAAGUAAAUCAAUCAAACUUUUAGGGUGAGGAUUUGGUUUAACAUUAAGGUCGAGUUAGGGUUAGGAAAGUAGUGGUUAGGGUUAGAGAAAGUCUCCAGGAAAUGAAUCUAAGUCAAUGUAAUGUCCACUGAGGUGAUGGAAACAUAACUGUGUAAAUAACAAC